AUUUCCCAGAAGGUCUGGGUCACUUCACGGGUGUAAACACGGACGUCUUGAGUUUCAGUAUCUGGUUUAUUAAAGUGGGAGCCCUGCUCCUCCUCCCUGCUCCUCCUCCCUGCUCAUCUCCACCUCAGGACUGCGCGUCACGCGGCUUUUACGUCAGCAACAGCAGCUGCAGGCGGCGGCUGCACCGACAUAGCGAGGGGAGGGCGCGCGCGCGCGGGGCGGCUGUUGGAACAUACACACAUUCAAGGCUGCGUUUGCUGCUCCCGCACGAGACAGUUACUGUACCGGGUGGAUUGGCGUUGAUCGAUCCGCCGCCGCACGCGAGAGGCGUCAAUUCCUGAGCGGGAAAAGGGGAAACCAUGGCAACGGAUUUUAGGGUGACGCUGACUGACUGACGCGCCGACAGGUUACCUUGAGUGCAGCCACAGAGCAUCUCUAAUCCAAAACCGCUUCAGGGAAAAAAGCUGGAAAUGUUCAACAACUCCACGAGAUGAGCCGAGGCUUGAAAAAGCGAAACGAAGCACUGCAGCUCCCUUGUGAAGCAUGUCUUCCUCCUCCUCCUCCUCCUCCUCUUCCUCGGAGCUGCCCUACUUUUGUCCUCGCUGCGGUGACGAGUUUCGUUUCUCGUCCGUACCUGAGCUCCGGGCUCACCUGGUCAGCCGACACACCUACGAGACCCUGCUGGUGCUGUCGCAGGCUCGGGUCAGAAGCUCCAGGCCUGGUGCUCUCCUCCCUCUCCCCGGUCAAGCUGUAAUCCAGAGACAGAGCUCUUCUCUGGGCAUGGACUCCCACAGCCUCCCCCUGCCGCUGGCCUGCCUGGAUCUCGCCUCGUCGUCUGCCUCCGUCCAACUGCUCAGGGAAAUGUUCGACCCUUCAGAUCGGGCUCUCCCCUCUUCUGCAGGACACCAAGGGGACCCCACCACUGCUCUGGCCCUCCCCGGCCCCUUGGGGCCUUUUCCUGGGAGGAAACUGGGCGAGGUAGGGGUCCAGCUGGGCCUGGACUUUGGGCUGACAGUGGGGAUCGGGCUGGAGGAGAGACUGGGGCUGGGGCUGGAUCGUAAAAUCGCCCGGACGUUUGCGGAGGUCGAGGAGAGGGUGAACCGCCGCGUGGGUCGACUGAAAGUGGAGCUGCAGAAGAGGGAGGCGGAGCUGGAGCAGGAGAGGCGGGACGGGGAGCGACUGAAGAGAGAGAAACAGGAAGUGGAGGAGAGGGCUGCGUACCUGUCCAGACAGGUCUCUGCUGCCAUGGAGAUGAUGGAGCGAUUAAACAAAGACCUGGAAGGAAAAGAGAAACAGCUGAGUGAACGACAACAGGAGAUGGUGGACAUCGAGUGUUUUCUGAGGGAGACUGCAGAGAAAGAGGCCGAGGCCAAAUCCAGGCUGCAGGUGUUUAUCGAGAUGUUGCUGGAGCGAGCCGACUGCGCAGAGAGACAGCUGCUGCUGCUCAGCUCACACGCACAUCACAAGCACAGCUACACGCGCCACCACGACAGAUACACAGACGCGUACGCCGACCCGUACGCACCUACGGACGGACACACGCCUGCACCUGGCCGAGGAGGACGCAGCCUGGACAGCAGCACUGAUGACAUCAUCGCAGACAAGAUGCAGGGAACCAUCGGCAACCGGAGGAGCUACAGUGUUUCAGGCUCCUACAGACUCGGGGACCAGCCGUACAGCCACCAUCCCUACAGGUACCUGAACAUAUCAAACAGCGGACUGAGCGGUCACAUGCGGACCUUGUCUCUGGGUUCAGGUGCGUGGGACUCUGAGGGGGCGCUGGUCCCGCUCCAUCCCCACCACUACGCUCCAGCAUGGGCUCGACGAAAGAGAGCGGGAGGAGACGGGAGGAGGGAGAGAGUGUGGGUCGGGGAGGAAGGAAGUGGCAGAACGUGGAGUAAAAGAAACCGUCGUUACCACAGCACUGAGGAGGAAGAGGAGGAGGAGGAAGAAGAAGAGGAGGAGGGGGAGGAGGAGGUAGACGAGGAAGGAUUCUGGAGCAGCGCUGAGAUGAGGAGACUAAUCUUUGCCAGGACACACACACCUGGUUCAGAAGCCCCGACCUCCCUCCACUCCACCCCCUCCCGUCGUUAUGGCGACAGACAUCUGGGGCCGGACACCUUGAGGCUGAGGGCGGGCCUUUUCUGCGUGUUUCCAUAUUUGGACUUGCGCUCCUUGCUGCGUGCGGCCGAGGUCUGCUCUGAUUGGCGGUUUGUUGCUAGGCACCCGGCGGUUUGGACACGCCUCCGGCUGGAGAACGCCAGAGUGUCGGCCGAGUUCCUGACCACUCUGUCUCAGUGGUGUACUCAAACUCAGACUGUGGUUCUGAACAACCUGAAGCCUCGAAGCAGACGAGCCGACGAGACUCGAGAGGAUUACCACAAGAACACACGAGGCAGCGUGGAGCCGGGGGUGGAGGCCCUGCUGCGGUCAGCAGGGGGCAGUCUGCUCCACCUGUCGGUCUCUCAGUGUCCUCACAUCCUCACUGACAGGACGCUGUGGCUGGCCAGCUGCUACUGCAGGAACCUGCAGACGCUCACAUACAGGAGUUCAUCGGAUCCUCUCGGUCAGGAGGUUCUCUGGGCCCUGGGUGCAGGCUGCAGGAACAUCAGCAGCCUGCAGGUGGCGCCAGCUCACCCCUGCCAACAGCCAACUCGGUUUGGCAACCGUUGCCUGCAGACGAUUGGUCGAUGCUGGCCACACCUCCGCUCACUAAGUGUGGGCGGGGUCGGCUGUGGGACUCAGGGAUUGGUUGCCAUGGUGCGUAGCUGUGCUCACCUGCAGGUGCUGGAGCUGGAGCACAUCACUGACCUCGGCCUGCCGGUGGCGACGGAGCUGUGUAAAGCCGGGCUGAAGAAUCUGGAAACUCUGAUCCUGACCCACACGCCCGUCAGCGGUCAGGCCAUCCUGCACUUCCACAGUAUGUGCGUUAACAUCAGAUCUAUAGUGGUCGAGUUCUCCGUGUCAGAUUACUUCGAAGAGCCGGAAAGUCAAGAGGCUCAACGUCUGUUUGGAGAAAUUCUCAACACGCUAAAGGCUCUUCGGCAGCGUCCCGGCCUGUGUGACGUCCUGCAGGUUAAAGCUGAAGGAUUCUGCUGACCUCAACACACACACACACACACACACACACACACACACAUUUGCUUGUACUUCUAUAUGUGUGAGGACCUUCGUUAACAUUAUGUGAAGCCGAGGGUCUAUCCAACCCCCACACUUGUUGUAUUGCGAGUAGUCGAGGGCCUUCUUGUGUGAUGUAUCUUCAAUAAUUGUAAUUUAAGACCUUAACUGAGUGGAGGUUUAUCUUCGCUCACUAGGACAUGCUUUAUCAGUGAGGUCACAAUCUCGCAUAUAUACACGAUUAUUCCAUUUAAUCAACUGCAGCUUUAUUAAGGAGUAAUACAAUUCAUAAAGCAAUUAAAUCCAGUUAUGCUGAAGCCCAUAUGAAAGAGACAUAACAUGAUGAUGAAAGUUUACUGCCUGAUAAAAGGUUAAAGUAAGGAACGUCUCUCAAAAUCAUUACUAAAAGCAUAUUUAAUGUUUUUUCAGGUAUGUGAUAUACUAUGUAUAUGAAGUGUAAACAUUAAUAAUAUAAACACUGAAUCCAACAUACCAUCAACGUCUUCAUGUCUAGUGGUAAAACUGGUUUUAUAGACUCGUUACCGCCAACAGCUGCCCUGCUUGGUCAUGCUGAAUGGUGGGAUACACUGAGCUCUGAAUACCUGGUGGAUCGUGAAUCACUAGCAAAGGAAAGGGGGCCGCCAGCCAGAGUGAAGUAAUCUCUGAUUUAAAAAAUCAUUAGGAAAAUGUCUGUUACGUGCUUGUGGACGAAUUAUUCUGUUGUGUACAAGUAUGAAAAACAAUUUAAAGGAUGAACAUGUAUCACGUUUUCUAAUUAAAUAUCUUGACCUCAGCUAUAGCCAGAGCAAAUCAGUGGUGCAGAAAAAAAAUCAUAUUUCUUUACUUUAAAUAGUCCAAAAAUAACAAAAUAAUGAAGACUGUAUUGAAAACAGGGGACCCAGCAGCCUGUAGUGAAUAUCGAUGCAGAGUUUAAACUGGUGUUUACGCUGCCUGGAGGCUCCUACCUUGUAAAUCCAGAGUUUUCGUUUUGUUGAAACAGAAUCUCAGAGCAGAAACUAACCCAUCCUCAACCUGUGGAGGUGAGGAGAUAAAAACAAACGCUGUGCAGAGAGAAAGUUCUGACAGGAUGGACAUCUAGCAUCUAAAACCUGAUGAAAUAUGAAAUAAGAUUUUCUUCCAUAGUUUAGCAGUUUAUAAGUCAGCAGCAGUUGAGCUUGUUGCAGGUUUAAACCUCCUCCAUCAUGUGGAUCAUGUUGUUGAUCCUAUGUAGCUGUAGAUGGACCUCCCUCCCUUACGCCUUUAGGGACGCCUACUUGUUAACGCAUCUGCCGCUCGUACCUGAGGUCGCCGGUUCGAGUCUGGACCGUGUAGUACAAUCUCUGGGCCGGUUACACCUGCUGUCAUAUUUCAAGUUUCAGAUUAAACAAUAAAAAAGGUACUAUAUCCGUCAGGUGUUCACAUUAAAUUGGAAAAUACUUUCUUGCUUGUAUGUCGUCAAGACCGCAAGUGUGGGUUUUGGGAUAGAUGCCCUUUUCAAUAAGUGAUGACCUCACUCCCACAGUCUAAAACUCAAACUGGUCCUCACAAACAUAGAUUUACAAGAGCACGCGCACACCACACACACACACACACACACACAGAAACAACUGAAGUACCGUUCAUACAAGACCCAUCCCUGAUCCACCAUCUCCCAUAACUUCAGAUACGCAGGAGUUUAUAAAAGUAAUUUUGGCAAAAGUGUAGAAAAUAUGAACGUACUGACUUUUAAGGUGGAAGAAAACACGUCAGGUGGGUGUAAAGUUUAAAAUAAUUACUCCAACACAGCAUAUGAGAGAUGGUGCAGAGUGAGGACUAACCAAAACCUUGAUCCUUCCCUCACACUCCUUUAACUAAACUUUAUUUAUUUUAAAUGUUUAACGAACCCUUUUUUGCACAGUACAAAGACAAUCCUUUAUCCUUUUAACAAAACCCCUUCUUACAGUAGGAUAAAUGUUUGGUUCUUUCUCUAUUUUUGACAAGAACCUGAACCUUAACGAAUCCCACAAAUCAAAGUUAACCUUAAACCCUUGUUCUAGUUUAACAGCGCUCAAGUCGUCCUCCCCUUACAAUAACCUUAUUAUUAACAAACUCUUACUCCUACCUUAACUUUUACUUCCAGCCAACACUAUUAGCAACAAGUAUUUUAGGAAAAUUCCCUUAAAAAGCCAUAAUUCUUGUUCUUCUUCUUACCUUAAUAUUCAAUGAGACCCUUAUUCUUAACCUUUACUUUAAAAAUAAGCACAAGCACACGCGUCUGCACAAGUGUAUUUGCACAAGCACAAGAUACGUUUACUCAGACACCAAAGACAUCAAUCGGUUGAUCAGAUGUGUUGGAGUUGUUUGAUGGAAAAGUGAAUCUAUCAUGCGUGAACUUAAAGGUGCUACAUGUGUCAUUUUACCGUCAAUAAAUCAUUUUCUCAUCA